UGGCUGUUUAUUUAUUAUGGAAAGGAAAUAAUUCGAAGUAAGGAAUUCAGUGAAAAUAAAUUUAAAAUAAAAAUAAAAAUCAGCAGGCCAGAAGGGAGGGAAGGAAAAGCCAGGGGCUUUGUGAGAUCUCUGGCUCUCUCUUCCUGUUUUUCUCUUCGAAAAUUUACUAAAGAAGGCUUUUUUUUUUUUUUGUGAUCUCUUCUAAUGGGUUUAUUGGAAGCUUUUCUCAAUUGGCUUCGAAGCCUGUUUUUCAAGCAGGAAAUGGAGCUAUCUUUGAUAGGACUUCAGAAUGCUGGAAAAACCUCACUAGUAAAUGUUGUUGCAACUGGUGGAUAUAGUGAAGAUAUGAUCCCAACGGUUGGAUUCAACAUGAGGAAAGUGACUAAAGGAAAUGUUACAAUAAAGUUAUGGGAUCUUGGAGGUCAGCCUAGGUUUCGCAGUAUGUGGGAACGAUAUUGCCGUUCAGUUUCUGCAAUUGUUUAUGUGGUGGAUGCGGCUGAUCCAGAUAACUUGAGCAUCUCAAGAAGUGAGCUUCAUGAUUUGCUGAGCAAGCCCUCACUUAAUGGCAUCCCUCUUCUGGUGCUAGGCAACAAGAUUGACAAGCCUGAAUCUCUGUCAAAACAGGCAUUGACUGAAGAAAUGGGGUUGAAGUCAAUUACUGACAGAGAAGUUUGCUGCUACAUGAUAUCAUGCAAGAACUCAACCAACAUUGAUUCUGUUAUUGAUUGGCUUGUAAAGCAUUCUAAAUCAAAGAGCUGAAAAAAACAACACUCUUUCUUUUUUAUUCAAAUAAAAAAAAAAUCAUCUUUGCUGAA